AAACUAUACGUAUUUCUAUGGCCUGAAAGUUAGCUGGCAAAGUGCUUAGCACCCUAUCGCUAACAACAUGAAGGCGGGUCGGGUAACCCCGGUGAUCAAAAGGCAAGAUUUUAACUUGUAAUUAUAGAAGAGAGAUCUCUCCAUAGUCUGUGAAACUGGACACGACGCCUGAUUAAUAAUUUGGCUCUGCAGAAUGUCCAAGAUCAGGCGGAAGGUAACAGUGGAGAAUUCGAAGACCAUAUCUGACAGCAGUACAAGCACCACACCCUCUCGAAGGCCCAGUGUUUUUGAGAGACUCGGCCCCAGUACCGGAGGGAAUGCUGCGGAGACACACUGUAGAAAUUGGUUAAAGACUGGGAACUGCAGUUACGGCAAUACUUGUCGCUAUACACAUGGAACUCAGCCAAGGGGCAAAGGCUUUUCUGGAACGUUUAGCAGGUCAGCAGAGAGGCCCACAGGGGAUCUCCGGGAGAGGAUGAGGAAUAAGAGACAGGAUGCUGAAGCAGAUGCCCAGAAAAGAGACCCAGAAGAGCCUACAUCACCCACAACCAGACAGAAGCAGCGCGACUCAUCUCGGGGACGGCACCGGGAGAAGGAGGACAUAAAGAUUACCAAGGAGAGAACUCCAGCUAGUGAGGAAGAGCCAGCAGAGUGGGAGGGCACCCGAGAAGACUCUGAUAACGGUGACUACGACUACGAGUUGUCUUUGGAAAUGAAGAGGCAGAAGAUCCAGCGUGAGCUGAUGAAGCUCGAACAAGAGAACUUGGACAAGAGAGAUGAGAUCGUCAUCAAGAAGGAGGAAUCAACCCCUAAGAACAGGCCCAGCAGCAUGUCUAAGGCUUCCCCUGAACGCGGAAGCUCCAAAGGUUCCCCCUCGUCCCGCAAGUCAAGUGGCUCCCCCAAGUACAAGGCGUCAGGGAAGAGCGCAGGCUCUGUGAAGAAGGAGAAGUCGUCUUCCUCCUCCGUGAUCUCCUCUCCGGUGUCCGACCAGACCCGGGCAGAGGAGUCGGAGACUCGGUUCUCUAAGGGGGGUCACGGGAAGAAGAAAGGCCCGCGCACCCCCAGCCCCCCUCCGCCGGUUCCCGUGGAGACCCACGUGGUUGGGAAGAAGCACAAAGGCAAACACAAGAACAAGGACAAGUCUGAGGACCGGGCCAAGGAGGGCAAGGAGAGGGGCCGCGACACGGAGAAGCACAAGGAGAAGAAGGACAAACGGAGGGACCGGUCAGAGAGCUCCCACAAGGCCAAGAGGUCCGUGACGUCAGAUGAGCGGUCUGGAAGUGUUUCCUCGCCCUCCAGAGACGUGUCGCCCCUCGGCAGGAGGAAGUCCUCCUCCCCCAAAGUGUCCUCCCAGAAACCCCCCGCCUCUGCUUCCCCACACCGGUCCCGUCAGCAGCACAGUCCGUCCCCCUCGACGGUACGCCACCACUCCCCGUCCUCCCACUCGGGCUCACGCUCGUCCGCCCAGAGACACACGCCUUCCCCACGCCGCCGCAACCGCAGCCCCCCGUCGCCCUCGUACCCGCGGAGCGAGCCGGGCCCCCCCGCCUCCUCCUCCUCCCCUCCGCCCUCGUCCUCCUCCUCCGCCCUGAGGCGCUCGCGCUCACCCCUGACCCCGCGUGGACCCUCGCCUCCGGGCCAGCGCCGGGCCAGCCCCGGCCGACGCCACUCGCAGGGCCGCGAGAGGGGAGGGCGCGGCGAACGAGACAGGAGCCCGCCACCGCAGGAGCGACGCCACGAACGCAGAGAUGAGUCUCGCGGCAGGCGUGAGAAGGAGAGCGGUCGAGACGAGCGGGACUACGAGCCGGAGCAGAGCAGCUCGCGAGACAACAGAGACGACCGCGAUUCCCGCGACAGCCCCGCUGACCGGGCCCGAGGCGGGGAGGGCCCGCGGCGGCCGAGGCGAGCGAUCUGCACAACAGGGCCGGGGAAGGAUGCCCGCGGGGACGUGUCCAGGAGCGACGCACGCUCCACGCGGGACCCGCCCGAGCACAGGGAGCGCGAGAGGGACAGGGAGAGGGAGAGGGAGCGAGACCGCGAGAGGGAGCGCGGCGAAGCGCACCGGAAGGACGACGCCGCCGCCGCCGCCGCCGCCGCCCCAGAGGAUCGUGGGAGUUACGGGAAGGGCCACAGCCGCGAGGAGGGAAGGAGCGAAACACGGACCGAGGCCAGAUCGGACGCCCGCGCCGAGAGGGGGGGCCGAGGUCGAGGCCGUGGAGCCGAGGCCACAGAUAAAGGUUCAUCUCGAGGCUCGCGAGCAUCACCAGGUGACCGCGGCCAUGACAGCUGGGAGUCCAAGAGCGGCGUUCGCGAGCGGAGUGCAGAGAGAGUCUCGGAGCGCGGAGGCGACAGCAAGGCCACCGACCGAGGUAAUGAGCGGACCACCGAUCGCUAUGGCAACGAGCGGCCGAGAGGCGAGCAGGCCCGAGACUCCUCCUAUGACCGCAGGAGUGGCCAUGCCGACCGCGAGCGCAGGGACAACCGGGACAGAGGUGAGGCACUUUUAAUCUCAACUAAUUUGCCAACAGGGCUUGUCAUGAAAGGCAUUUCAUUCAAUCAAAUAAUAGGUGAAGCGCCCUCCCUGGCCGACCUGGAGAAAGAGGAGCGGGAAUGGAAGCGGGAAGGGAGACGGCGCAGGACUGAAGGGGGAUGGCCAAUGAGCCGAACAAUAGGGAGGCAUGGGAGAGGGAGGGCGAAGGGGCGGGAUGAGGAGAGGAAGGAGAAACAAUAUGAGCUCGAAGGAGACCGGCAGAGGGACUGGGAGGAGAGGGAGAAGGGAAGAGAGGAGCGCAGAGAGAGGAGAGACGACACCAGAGAUGACCGCCCCGUCCGAGAUUCUGUCGAGGAGCGCAAGGCCAGUCGUAAGAGACACCGAGUGGAGACCACACCGAGCCCCCGCUCGUCUCCCAAACGUGCCCGCGAGGCCAGCCCUGCGGACAGCGAUGGCUAUAACAGCUCAGAGGAAAAAGGUAAGAAGCACCGCCUGUUGAGUCAGGUGGUCCGCCCUCAAGACCCUCCCCGCUCCCCCCCUCCUCCGCCCCGCGUGCCCGCUGAGGAAAAGCCCUCCCGCUGGAAGGAGGAAGACCCGGCGACAAAGAAGGGCGAUGCGUGGGCGAGCCUGAAAAGAGGCCAGCGGGCCGGCGCCGACCAUAGAGGAGAGCAGGAGGGCGUUUCGGCCCCGUCGGACACCAGGAGGGGCAAGGAGCGAGAGGCCACAGACCCCGAGGGGAGGGCAAAGAAAGACCAAGGCCAGAAGAAAGGCCUGAAGAAGAACCGGCGCGAGGAGGACCGGGCAGGCGGUGUCGCCGGACGUGACGAGCGCUUCAACCCGGAGCCCGUGGUCAGCAACCCGCCUCCUCCCCUGCUCUCCCCGAGGAAGGUGCCCAAGAAGAAAGCGCUGGACAAGAAGCGCAAGCGCUCUCGGGGCGGAGACUCGGACGCCUCGGAGGACGAGCCCGGAGCCGGACACCACCCGCUGAGCAAGCGGUCUCGCCGGGGCCCACGCACGCCACCGCCCAUCAACAAGGAGGACCUGCUGUCCCAGAGGGUCCUGGCGGCCAGCCAGCGCUCGCCCCUGACCCUGCCGCUCAGCGACUGGUCCGACGAGGACGUCCCUGACCGCGGCGAGCCGCCUCCGCCACCCCCCCCGCCUCCUCCACCGCCCCCGGUCCAGCCCAUCCCAGAGCCCAGGACCCUGCUGCCCGCCGAGGCGCUCCCCAGCAGGCGGCUCGGACGGGGCAGGACGGACCCCCCCAUCGCCCCACUGCUCCCCGACCCCCCCAUGCUGUUGCCCACGCCCCCCCUGCAGCCUCUGCUGCCCCAGCACAUGCUGCGCAAGCCGCUCCUGCCCAACGCGCCGAUGGACGCGCACCCCGCCGGUGUCGGCCGGUGUCUAGGCAACAGCCCGGACCAGCAGCUCCUCCGCCGCCCUCCUGCGGUCACCCUCGGCCGAGCAGCACCGAGGCGAACCGCGGGUGCCCAGGCGGAGGGGCCGCCGGCGGUGGGCCGCGCAGCCGGGACCCUUGGCCUUGAGAGAACAGUAGCGGGGAGGAGAGAGGGAGAGGAAACAGCGGCCUUGAGCGGGAGGGCGGCCGGUCGAGUCGGUCGGGGCGAGAAGUCCGCAUCGUCAGCUGAGGAGGAGAGCCCAGUACUUAUGCGUCAUCAGCGGCCUCGUAUGGGCUCCUACGACAGCCGAGGCGUGGCCCGGUUUCCCUUGGCGGAUGUUCGACCCGCGGGGACCAGGGGCAGCCGCCCAGACCCAGGGCUCGGGCUGGGUCUCGGUCUGGGCCUGGGUCUGGGCCUCGGCCUGGGCCUCAGUCCGGCCGGGGUCCCCCAGCAGCCCAGGGACUGGGAGCAGAGCCAUGAGGGGACUGGGCACCUGCUGCUUCCCGAGGCAGCUGCCCCAUCCCAGGCGCCAAAUCAACCCAUCAUGGCCUUGGCGGAAGUUUCUUUACAACAGAACCUCGAGCUGAAGCCUGCUGCCCGAGGGACUCCUGGGCUCCUGCUCCCCAUCGACCCCGUGCCGCACGGAGACCCCAAGGGCAGAGGUGACGGACGCAUGGAGCGCGCCGACUACGAGCCCCUGUUGCCACGGGAGACUGUUGCCAUUAAUCCUGACAAGCCAGUGGACAGCGCGCACGCUCAAGCCGAGGCUGCUGAAGAAGAAAAGGGGGACAGCCUUGACGAAGAAGACGAAGGGAAAGGAGAGGACGCCCAGUCGAUCGUCUCUGGAGGUGAAGAGUACGAGCCCAUCAGUGAUGAUGAACUGGACGAGAUUCUUGCAGACAGUGCUCAGAAACGAGAGGACCAGCAGGACGAUGAGAGAGUCCCAGGUCCUCUGGACGUGAUCGACGUGGACUGGUCCAGCCUGAUGCCCAAGCAGAAGCAGGAGCCGCGGGCCCCAGGGGCGGCUCUGCUCAGGUUCACCCCUGGAGCCGUGCUGCUCAGGGCGGGCGUCUCGCGCCGCCUGGCCGGGCCCCAGCUCCUCGCCCGCGUCAAAGAGGUCUGCAAGAGCGAGCUGGACGACCCUAAAGAUGCUGACCGGCUGUUUGAGCAUGACCUGGGCGCUCUCAACAUGGCGGCGCUGAACAGACGCGUGGAGCGGGCCAAUCUCCUGCGCAACCUGGGCUCUGGCUGCAAGGCCCUCAGCGCACGGCGGGACAUCGCCAUCCGCAAGCAGCUGCUGAAGAAUGACAAAGGCACCACCAAGCAGAUGUACACGACCCCCCCAGUGGGAGACUCCGAGCUGCUGCAGCUCAGCGUACGUCUCUUUAAGAAGGCCCUCGCGUCCAGCCAGACGGCUGACCUGGAGCGCGCUCAGACCAGCGCAGCUAGCGCCCCAGGUGCCGCCCCCUCUGGCGCGGUGUGUGUCUCCUAAGAGGAGGGGGGG